AUGUGGACGGCUAAAGGCCGGGCAACAGGUGGGGCAUGGGUGCACAAGGCAUAUGUGGGAGUAUGGUUUCUCAAGGCAUGUGUGGGAGUAUGGUUUCUCAAGGCAUGUGUGGGAGUAUGGCUGCUCAAGGCAUGUGUGGGAGUAUGGCUGCUCAAGGCAUGUGUGGGAGUAUGGUUUCUCAAGGCAUGUGUGGGAGUAUGGUUUCUCAAGGCAUGUGUGAGAGUAUGGUUUCUCAAGGCAUGUGUGGGAGUAUGGUUUCUCAAGGCAUGUGUGGGAGUAUGGUUUCUCAAGGCAUGUGUGGGAGUAUGGUUUCUCAAGGCAUGUGUGGGAGUAUGGUUUCUCAAGGCAUGUGUGGGAGUAUGGUUUCUCAAGGCAUGUGUGGGAGUAUGGUUUCUCAAGGCAUGUGUGGGAGUAUGGUUUCUCAAGGCAUGUGUGGGAGUGUGUGUGGCGCAUGGCGCACCAGACAUGCCAGCGUGCCAGGAGUUUGUGACUGUAGCGGAGGGUGACAGCUGCGACACAAUAAUGAGGGCUGCACGACCGCCUCUGAGCGCACAGGAGUUCUACACUUUGAACCCAGGGAUCAACUCGACCCGGCGUUGCGCUGCUCCAGAAUGGGUGCCGCUACCAAAUCCCGGCUUGACUCCAGUUCACCUCCCCGACUGCUCAGCGCUCAACAGUAGUAAGACGUUUUGA